CGCGUUUGGGACCUAAACGUCCAUCAAACACGCGUUUGGACAAACGCAAAAAGGUUCUCACUGCAGAUUCAUCACUCUCUCAUCAACAAAAUCUUUAUUCCGUUUAUUCCAUGUAAUAAUCCAUACAUUUUCUGCCCUCAUUUCUUCCCAAGAUGAAAAAUGCUCGAAUUGUUACAACAGAAGUUCCUCGAGGUAGGAGUAACGAGAAAAUCAAGGCAGUAUGGGACAGGAACUUAACGAUGAUAUUCUGUGAUCUUUGUAUAAAGGAAAAAGAUCAUAAUUGCAGGAGAGGAACUUACUUUAAAAAGGAAGGGUGGUCGAGGUUGGUUGCAAAUUUUAACAAAGAAACCGGUAAAGAAUACGAGAAGUCGCAGCUGAAGAAUCGGUGGGAUCUACUGAAAAAAGAAUGGAAGCUAUGGAAACAGCUCAAAGGGAAUGAUACCUGUUUGGGUUGGGAUCCAAAUAAGAACAAUCUCGAUACUUCAGAGGCAUGGUGGGAAAAGAAGCUGAAGAUAAUGCCCGAGGCUACAAAGUUUAAAAAUGGUGGUAUUGAUCCAGAACUGGAAAACAAAUUGGAUUGGAUGUUUCAGGGUAUCAAUGACGAUGCAACUUUCGUGCACACAUUUGGUUUACAGUCAAUUGAUGGAACCGAUGAUGAUGAACCACCUAAACUAGAGGCCGAGGAGGUUGUUGUCACUGUAGAGGAGAUUCAAAUGCCGAAAAAGGCAAUGGGUGAACGUUUGCAUGAGAUAGAUAACCAUUUUAUGGAACAGAAUCCUCUGGCUCACUCCGAAUCCGAGCACCAGUCAGAGCCACCCCACCAGAAGAAGAGAUCCCCGGAGUCAGACUCUUCUCAUCUCAACAAGGGUAAAGAGAAAGUACCAAAACUAGUUGGGAGAGUUUCGAAACUGUCUAGGCAGAUAGAUAGAUUGUGUAGUGCGGCUGAAAGCAUGAGUACCGCAACUUCAGCCAAGUCGAGUUCUGAGCCAUACAACAUCCCCGAGGCAAUUCGAUUGCUGGAUAACAUGGAGGAAGAAGUCCCAAAGAAGAGCCAAUUGUAUUACUUUGCCACAAAACUAUUCCUCAACAAGGAUAAGCGGACGAUGUUUAUGUCAUUGUCAACUGAUAUUAGAGCUUGGUGGCUUAAAAUGGAGAUGGAGGAGAGCUCCAAGCCCGCUUAAAGCUAUAAAUAAACGACUUUGAAUGCCACAAUAGUUUUGUAUAACUUCAUUUCAAUGUAUUCUGAUCAAGAUAAU